AUGGUAACAAUUAAAAAAUCGAACAUAAAGAAGAAGUUAGUGUUGAAAGAGGAAAGUAAAAAAGCUGGUUCCUUAUCUUCUGGUAGCAAGAAAAAGAAAUUCAGUGCUAAGGAAAGUGAUGAGAAGGAGAUAAGAAAAGAAGACACCCAAACUGUGGAUUUAACCGAAGAACACACAAAGAAGAUCCAGGAUUUGAAAGAUCAGGGACGUCCCGCUCUGAACGCUUUGAAAAAACACCUUGGUGACCGUAGUGGGAAGUCGCUUUUCCCGGAUAUCGACCAUGCGGUAGGAUUGGUUGUAACCUAUAAGGUGCCUGCUCUUGUGACGAACAAAGCCCGGGUGAAAAUUGAACUUCCUUGUUCUCCUCGUACUGUCUCUAAUACGUCGGUGUGCUUGAUCAUGCCUGAUUUGGAUCAGUCAGCUACAGCAAGAAGGGACCCUGAUGUGGACAAACAAGCUCGAAAGUGGGCGGAAAAAAUAGAGAAAGAUCACGGUCUCCUGAGUCAACAUUACUCAAAGAUUCUGACAAAAAGACAACUAGAAAGAGAGUACCACACUUUUUCACAGCGACGUGCACUUGCUACCUCAUACGAUCUUUUUUUGGUAGACGUGCGUGUUGGAAAGGCAGUCCGAACAUUUCUUGGAAAGGAGUUUUACAAAGUUCACAAGGAGCCGCUCGAUUUCAACUAUUCGAAGCCACUUGUAAGUUCGAUAGAGAAAGCUGUUAACACGGUCGUUUUAAAAGUACCAAGAUAUGCUACUAGAGCACACAUUUCGUUUGGUCAUCUUUGCCAGAAUUCAGCGGAUCUUGCCUGUAACUUCGAUGCGGUAAUAGAUGUUAUUGUGAAUAAAUGUCCUGGAGGACUGGGAAAUAUACGAAGUGUUUACAUGCAACCUACUGGAGGGAGCCCCUCUCUUCCACUGUACAUGGAUAGCGGACCGGCAUCUGAGAUUCAACUUGAACGACCAAGAAAACGUAGAAGAGCUAUCGAACAAGUUUCUGAUGAGUGUUCUACGCUUCCUGAUGGAUUGAAGCUGGCCGUGAGGAAGAAUGGCAAAAUCCGUGUGAUCAGUGAAGAUACCAAAGUUGCUGUCCAUUAUCCAACAGUGCAUGACGAAUGGGACGAGAAGGAUACUCUGAAACCUAUUAUUGAUCCUGCUAAAUUGGAACGACGGCAGGCACUAAAAAGGAAACGAAAGCAAAAGCAGAUCGCACGCAAGAAGAUUAUGUCAGGGGGAAAACUCAAAGUACAACCAAAAAAUCAAGUGAAAGCAGAAUAA